AUGUCUACUUUCUGUAAGGAGCAAGGGUUUGCUGAGCUUCCUCAUAAUUGGUUUGAGAAGUCUUAUGAAUUAUAUCUUGACGGCGCCAGGCCAGCUUCCGAGAUUCCAAAUUUUAAUAUGAGUGUCCCAAUUGAUGUACCUUUCAAAAUUAAUACUACUAUUACCAAAACAUACAUUGACUCCUAUAAUAUAUUUGUUGGUAAUUAUGAUGAUUCAUUGUACUACGGUACAGAAACUUUGGGAUACUGGGCGUUGAUUGUUAUUAUUGGAGCUAUUUCAAACUGGUCCAAGUUCAUAUUCCCUGGUUUUAUAAAAUCACUUACCGGUCCCUUUUCAAAUUAUUGGAGGAAAUAUAUUUCCAUGCCAGCUAUCCUAUAG